AUGGAGCACUGCAAGUGGAGUCGGAAGUCCUCCCGCGACUGCCGCAGAAUUCCACUGAGGUCCCGACGGCGGGGCUGCGUCCUGCUGCACGUGGCCGCUGGGGGGCAGUGUGGGCAGCCCCGCCCCGCCCACUUCCCGGGCCGCCGCGCCGGAACGGCCCGCCCCGGCUGGGGAAGCUGGUGCAGCCGCCUCCAGCUCAUUUACCUGCGCGCCUGCCCGCAGGCCGUUCGCCGCCCCGCCAUGUCUUGCUACAUCUACCAGCUGCCCUCUUGGGUGCUGGACGACCUGUGCCGAAACAUGGACACGCUCAGCGAGUGGGACUGGAUGCAGUUCGCCUCCUAUGUGAUCACAGACCUGACCCAGCUGCGGAAGAUCAAGUCCAUGGAGCGGGUGCAGGGUGUGAGCAUCACGCGGGAGCUGCUGUGGUGGUGGGGCAUGCGGCAGGCCACCGUCCAGCAGCUUGUGGACCUCCUGUGCCAUCUGGAGCUCUACCGCGCUGCCCAGAUCGUCCUGAACUCCUCCUAUGUGAUCACAGACCUGACCCAGCUGCGGAAGAUCAAGUCCAUGGAGCGGGUGCAGGGUGUGAGCAUCACGCGGGAGCUGCUGUGGUGGUGGGGCAUGCGGCAGGCCACCGUCCAGCAGCUUGUGGACCUCCUGUGCCAUCUGGAGCUCUACCGCGCUGCCCAGAUCGUCCUGAACUGUGAGUGA